AUGUGUUUAUCAAUGGCGGAUAAUAACAGGGUUUCGAUUUGUUUCUUCGUGUCCUUUCUUUCCCUCUUCGCAUCGUUUUCCACUCAGAUCUCCGCCAAGAAGGACUUCGUUCUCUCCUUGGGAAGCUCCAACUUCUCCGACACCGUCGCCAAACACAACUUCAUCGUAGUGGCUUUCUACGCACCUUGGUGUGGCCACUGUAAGAAGCUUGCUCCCGAGUAUGAGAAAGCUGCUUCUAUCUUGAGUAGCCUUGAUAAUCCGGUUCUUUUGGCUAAAGUUGAUGCCAAUGAGAAAAAGAACAAAGGAAUUGCAAAAGAAUUUAAGGUGCAGGGAUUUCCAACGAUUAAGAUUCUAAGAAAUGGGGGCAAGGUUGUUCAAGAUUACAAAGGUCCCCGUGAUGCAAGUGGCAUUGUUGACUAUUUAAAGAAGCAGAGUGGUCCUGCAACAGCUGAAAUUAAAUCUGCAGAGGAUGCUACCAUUUUGAUUGAGGAAAAGAAAGUUGUUAUUGUUGGGGUUUUCCCAAAAUUUUCUGGGGAGGAGUUUGAGAACUUUGUUGCAUUGGCAGAGAAAUUGCGUUCUGAAUAUGAUUUUGGUCACACCUCGGAUGCCAAACACCUUCCACACGGAGAAUCAUCCAUGACUGGGCCUUUUAUUAGAUUGUUCAAGCCAUUUGAUGAACUUUUUCUUGACUUCCAGGAUUUUCAUGUGGAAUCCUUAGAGAAUUUUGUUCGAGAAUCUAGUGUCCCGGUUGUGACUGUCUUUGAUAGUGACCCGAGCAAUCACCCUUUUGUGGUCAAAUUCUUUGACAAUCCAAAUGUAAAGGCAAUGAUGUUCAUGAACUUCACCGCUGACACGGCUGAUUCUCUCAAAUUAAAAUACCGUGAAUCUGCCAAGGAAUAUAGACAACAUGGCAUAAGCUUUCUGUUGGGAGAUGUUGAUGCUAGUCAUGGUGCAUUCGAGUAUUUUGGCCUGAAGGAAAACCACGUGCCUCUAAUCGUAAUUCAAAAUACUGAUGGGAAGAAGUUUUUGAAAACUAAUGUGGAACCUGAUCACAUUGCAACUUGGUUGAAAGAAUACAAGGAUGGAAAUGUUCAACCAUAUAAGAAGUCUGAAACUAUUCCUACAGUUAAUGACAAACCUGUUAAAGUUGUAGUUGCAGACAGUUUUGACGACAUUGUUUUCAACUCAGGGAAAAAUGUUUUUCUUGAGUUUUAUGCUCCUUGGUGUGGUCAUUGCAAAAAGUUUGCCCCAAUAUUGGACGAAGUUGCUGUUUCAUAUCAAAGUAAUCCUGAUAUUAUCAUUGCAAAAUUGGAUGCAACUGUCAACGAUAUACCACACGAGACUUUUGAUGUACAAGGUUAUCCAACUGUAUACUUCAGGUCAGCAAGUGGAAAAAUAUCACACUUUACUGGAAUUAGGACAAAGGAAGAAAUCAUGGAUUUCAUUGAAAAGAACAUGGAUAAAGUGGAUCAACAAGAACAAGUAAAAGAUGAGCUUUGA